ACCACCACCACCCCAACCCCCUGCCGCGCCGCCGGAGCGAGGCUCUCACACGUGUGUCGCCCGCGACCAAUGGGAGCGCGCGGCGCCUUCAAAACACGCGGCCCGGUGUUGGCGGGGAGGAGCGCCGCCGCCGCCGAUGCAGUCGCGCCCGGCCGCUAUUGGGUCGCGCGCGCGCCCGCAACAGUAGCAGCAACAGCAGCCGCACGAGCAGCAGCAGCGGCGGCAGCGGCGGUAGCAGCAAGAGGAGCAGCAGCAGCAGCCGCGCCGCGCUGGGCAGCUCGGCUGUCAUGAUGUCCGCGUCAAAGGGGAGCCAGGGCCGCUACUUCGUGGACUCCCUGGUGAGGCACGACGGCGACGAGCUGAUGGCGCCGCUUCACGACGCCCCCUUCCAGCUGCCCAAGCCCGCGGCGGGGCUGAGCGCGGAGUACCCCGCGUGCAGCUUCCAGCCCAAGCCCCCCGCCAUGUACCAGGCGUCGUGGCCGCACCAUCACGUGCACACGCAGCUCAACGUGUACGCGUCGCCGACGGCGGUAGCGCCCGAGAGCGCGUACGCGCGCUCGUGGCUCGAGUCGCUGGCCGGCGUCGGGGUCGGGGUGGGUGGCUCGCACGCGGCCUUCCCCCUGGCGGGCAGGCAGUGCGACGUGGCCCCGAUGGGUGCUGAGGGGCCCGGCCUGGGCAGGUUUGACGCGGAGCCCAUCCUGUACCGCGGCUUCGCUCCCGAGGCGCCGCUCGACGGAAGGGGCGUCGGAGGCGACCCGUGCACCGACACGAAACUGGGACCCCUCGACUCCAGUGCGGAAGAGAAACGUCAAUUGGAAGCAAGCGACCCCUCGGUGAACUGGCUGCACGCGCGCGCGGGCCGCAAGAAGCGCUGCCCCUACUCCAAGCAGCAGACCCUGGAGCUGGAGAAGGAGUUCCUCUUCAACAUGUACCUGACGCGGGACCGCCGCUACGAGGUGGCACGCGGUCUCAACCUCACCGAGAGGCAAGUCAAAAUCUGGUUCCAGAACCGGCGCAUGAAGCUGAAAAAGAUGAAGAAAGAGAAGAGCGCGGAUCAGGGCUGACGUCUCGUUCUCUGCCCCCCCCCACCACCACCCCACCUCUCUUAACCCCCCCCCCUCAACUCGCCUCCCUCCACCACCGCCGGCCCUGCUACCGCACUCUCGCAUUACGAGGGGGGGCUGGGUUGGGGGUAACCCCGGCACAAGACCACAAAAAUGACAAUAUCCAUCCCCAACAAGCACACCCCUCCCUCCCUCCCUCCCCCCGGUAUUGUUCUCGCCGCUGACUGCAGCGAGGAAGUGCGGGGGGGUGUCUUGCGGGGUGCGCCGAGCGCACGGAACAACGCGGUUCCUUGUUUGGUCGGGGCAGGAAGAGGCACCAUCGCCUCGCUCUGUUAAAAAAAAACUGAAAUAUGAGAGAGAAAAAAAAACCGGCAACAACAACAAAUCCGCUACAAAUUGGCUGCGAGCACAGCAAUUUCUUUCGUGACGUUUUCGUAGAGUUGGCUGCGGACUUGGCUACGUGUGUGUGUGUGUGCGCGCGCUCGGGUCUGUACGUGUGUACGUAUAGUCAGCAAUAUUGCAUGUAGAAUUAUAUACACACACACGCGCAUCAUACACGUCCGGCGAAUCGCGACUACUACUAUUGUUAUUAAUUUCUGUGUAAAACUUGAAACGCGAGCACAUUUUCCAUUUGGACAGGUAUUUUAUUAACAGUAAGGGGGGGUAGGGGGGUUGGGGUGACCACCUCUCCGUUGUUACACGGGGAGCGAGGGUUCGUGACGACCUGGCCGGGCCGAGUGAUUGCCACCACCACCGCCGCCACCACCGCCACCACCGCCACCACCGCCAUCACCACCGCCACCAGCGCGUUUUUAGACAAUUCCGCAAUAAUUUCCACCGCCAAAUUUUCGUUGUUGUAGUUGUCUAAAAAGCAACAAUUACCGCAUCAGAGAUUUCGGAAACGGCGCUCCUCGUGCUCCUUAAUGACAUUGCAACAACAACAACCACCACCACAAUCGGCACAACAACAAAGAGCUGCGUCUUCGCGUUGUUAGCUGCGCUGGCGACAGAGGGGUGCGGGCGGGGGGGUGGGGGGGGUCCGGCUUCGUGCAAUCGGCCAUCGGUCCCGUCGCUCGCGGGCGCGCCCGACGAUGUCGUUGACGUCUCGCUGCACCUGUGCGUGAUGGCAAGUAACUACCUAAACAACAUCAACAACAACGACGUUACCCUACCUACUACUCGUACCUUGCGUAGGACGCUCAGAGAGCGCGGUGUAUCGGCGCAAGUAUUAGUAGGUGAUGCUUACUCGGGGGAGGAGGGAAGGUGAUGGUGGUGGGGGGUGGGGGAGGUUGAAAUUGUGGCAAGCAACGUGUGAUUGUCUGUUGCACCGCCGUUGUACGUAACCCCGUGCUGCCACGAAACGCGCGCGCGUGUACACAGCGGAGGUGUGGGGUUUAAUGUAUUUGUCGGUGUUUAUUGCGAUCCGCUUGGCUUCGCUCGCUCACUCUCUCUCCUCUCUCUCGCUGGCCGUCUCGAGGAGGUGAGAGAGAGAGAAUGUGAGUGGGGUGAGGGGGGAGAGUGCGCGACACAUCAUGACGCGACCCUGGUGGAGUGGUGGGAGGUUGGGAGGCGGUGGGGGGCAAACCACGACGGUGAUUCUGUGCCGUCGUGAACACGGAAGCCCGAGACGGCAGCAGCAGCAGCCCCGCGCAUCGCGACCCGAUCCGAGCGGGCGGUCGCGUUCUCCAUGUGCGUGCGCCAUGCCGUGCCGUGCGCAGCGUGCAAGGCUUUUUGCAUGCUGGAUUGAUUCCAGAUAAAACAACGUUUUUUUCCCUCGCUCUCUCUCUCUCGCUCAAGACCCACGCCAAUUUCAUUAUAUCAUAGGAGCGAGGACAGACUAUAAAUAUGUACAGACCGUAAAUCCUUAAGAGAAAUUCGCUGCAGAUAAAAGUCGGCAAAUUCGUAAUCGAGCGCAUAUGUAGGCGGUGUACAAAAAGGUGCAUAGCUGAGACGGUGGGAGUGCGUACGCGCGGGUGGUAGGUGCACGUGUACUUGUGUGGUACGUGGGUGGUAGGUGUGCACUGGUACGUGUGUGGUACACGCAUGCGAACCCGCGAGCAACUCCAAUCCGGGUCCUGGCUACGGCGCGGGCAGCCCUGGGACUGCCAACGUGAGUUCACGUUUGAUGUAAAAAAGAAUUAUAUUAUCUUUGAUUCCCCCUUUUAAAGAAAAGCCACGUAAAUCUUGAGUAGUCGGCAGUCCAAGUAUGUAGCGCCACAGAGUGUCUAAUUUAUAUCUUUUUUGAUAUUAGGAUUCUCAUAAAUAUAGUUAUUUUUUUGUUAAAACACGAAAAAUAUUCCGAAAGUGCUGUCUGUGCACGAGAACGACUCGAAUUUCAAAGUCAACAAGUUUUGGAACCUGAACGGAGAAUCGUUUUCAUUAUUCGUACGCCGGCUAAAUGAGGUGAGGUGGCGGCGUUUCAUUCGCUUAUUCUUGAGAUCGAGUUUUUGUUUUUAAUUUUCCACGGCGCGAGUCGCCGUCUCUCCUGUGUGUGCCCCCUUUGCCCAGCCUUUGGGGUCACCCCUCUCUCUCACCUCCACUUUACGUGCACCUGUGUAUGCACUCCGUCGCUCGUCUAAUUAAUAAGUUCAUCAACGCAGUCUCUCGCAGAGGCCCCCGAACGCUCGACACGAGCGCGCGCCAAUGCGACUCGAGUUCAACAACAACAACAUUUUUUUUUAAUAACCUCAAGCGCAAACAACAUUUUGGAGAAUAAAAUGUAAACAUUCCCUCUCCGUAAAGGCACAUCUCAUUACAUUGCAUAGUGUUCGUUAUAUACAAAUUUAGUUUGUUUUCACCUGUCGUUGGUAUUCGGCUUCGCGUCGUGCGAACGUAUUUUCUUCUUCUUUUUCAUCAUCAUCAUUAUUAUUGUUUUGUUGUUUCAAGUCCAUUUGCGUGGACGCGAUUCCUUGCGAAGGGUUUAUGUUUGCUGUUUUAACAUCGUAACACCUCUUUUUAUUGCCAGAAAGGGUAAAACCUAUUCUUAUGCUUAAAAUCUGGCAGGAAAGGACCCAUGUUGUCUUUUCUCUCGCAAGCUCUUUAACUUUUUUGUGUGUGUUGUAAAUAGACGAAAACUAUCCUCCGUAUCUUCUGCACACCCUCGUACGGCUGCAUCACCUCCGCGUUAAUUUAUUGCCGAGCUUAAACUUUUUUAAUUACGUCUAAACCCCCCCAACCCCCCCCCCCAUAAUUAUUAAUAAUAAUUGAUCGAUGCUAUUUGAUGUAAAUGUCGUGCAAGCGUUUUAGUGCUGUUUAUUGGUGACGUCAUUUCGUGUGGUUUUUUUUUUGAAGAUCGAUACUAGGAAACAUACUUGAAGUGUAGUUGGCCGUCGCGACUGAGGUUUUCACGCCGAGGGUUAGAUUCACGCUUUUGCACAAUUGUUAAGUGUGGCUGUGACACUCAGGUUGAAAGCUUGCGUGUGUGUGUGCGUGCGUGUGUUGACAAAGACAAAGAUCCCCCCCCCCCACAUAUAGCCUUCACACACUCGAGGGGCAAGUGCUGCUGUUAGUCAGCACCUAAUGAAGGCCGGAACGGCGCAUGACGGGCUGGGUGGCCAGAACCACGCGCGGCCUCCUGUGUCUCCCUCGUGGCGAUGUUUACACACCGCGACGGGUACUCGGUUGAGGCUGAGUCGACCUAGGGGGGGGGCAGUAUGGGGAUCGGUGGCGCAGCGAUUAACGCGCUGCGCCGUGAACCCGGCAACCCGAGUUGAAUUCCCACUCACGACGGACAACACUGGCUAAUGUUUGAACCGAUCCUGCGCCUCCCCUAGAUUGUCUCGGCCUGAAAUGAGUGCCUGGUGUGUGGUGUGUAAAGAUCGCCACUGGGGGAGACAAAGGAGGUCGCGCGUGGUUCUGGCGACCCACCUCCUCGUGUGCUGUUCCGGCCUUCAUAGGCUCUCGCUCACAACACUUGCCCCAACAGUCUGUUAAAGGCUAUAUGGGAGGUCUUUGUAUGUUGUGGGUAGCGUUGGCGCGCUGCGCUAAGAACCUGGCGACCCGAGUUCGAUUCCCGCUCACGGCAACCAACACCCAGCGACGAUUAUCUGCUGAACCGGUCCUGGGCUUCCCCUAAGUUGACUCGGCCCCAAAUUAGUCGCUGGUGCGGUGUGUAAACGUCGCCACGAGGGAGACAAAGGCGGUCGGGCGUGGUUUUGGCCACACUAACCCCCGUUCGUGUGCCGUGCCGGCCUUUAUAGGUGCUACUCGCUCACGGCACUUUCCGCAACAAGUCUGUUAAGGCUAUACGAGGAGGGAGGGAUCUUUGUGUGUGUGUGUGUGGGACAGUGAGGUUUGAUGUAAUUAAGUUAACAAGAGGUGUGUAAUUUAAAGGAAAACUUUUUGCUGGGAUUAAAGGCAGUAACAUCAUUUUUUUGUAAUUUGUAGACAGAAUAUUAACAACGCGUUGUAAGUAAAAAAAACAAAAAAAGUAUAUAAAUCGUUUAAAUCGAGGUUACAAUGCGCAUGUAUUGGCGGUAGUUUGUAUGGUUUUUUUGUAAGUGUAAUGAUAUCGUCCGCUCAAAUAAAACCUCCAUGUGUAGCUGCCACGAGGUGGAAUUCUCGAUUCCUCAUUAUUAUAUAUUGUUUUAUAUACAUAUAUGUCUUUUUUUUUCAAUAACCACAAUGAAAGGUUGCGGAGCUGCAAAUACAUUCACGGUGUUUGUUUGUUUGGUUUGUUGCCGUUGUGUUUUUCCUUCCGUACAACGAACGCUUUGAACGAGAGCG